UCUCAUUCCAAUCCAGAGCCCAAGGGGCAAUCCAUCUAUUGUCUUUCAGAAAAGCCCCUACAGCUCUGAGGGAAAAAAAAUAGAAAAAAAAAUCCCAAAAAAUCCCCCAAAAAAAUAAUCUUUUUGUUUUCAAUCUUUCAAAAUGUCAAACGGAUUUGCCAAUGCCGAAGGUGAUAAAAAGAAGAAGAAGAUAGCCAUCAUUAGUGUGUCUUCUUUAAUCCUGGUAGCAAUGGUUGUUGCCGUUACCGUUGGCGUCAACAAUGCACCCCAUGGAGAGGAGCACGGUGAUGACAAUCAUGGCAGCGAAACCACUCCUGAAAUCACAUCAUCCACCAAAGCUAUCCAAGCCAUUUGUCAACCAACGGAUUACAAAGAAACCUGUGAGAAGAGUCUAGAGGCAGAAGCCGGUAACACAACAGACCCAAAAGAGCUAGUGAAAGUGGGCUUUAAAAUCGCAACAAGGAGUCUGAACGAGGCUAUUAAGAAUUCAACCACACUUAAAGAAUUAGCCAAAGACCCCAGAACCAACCAAGCCCUUCAAAAUUGUCGUGAGCUACUAGAAUAUGCCAUUGAUGAUUUGAACCAGUCGUUCGAAAGAAUCGGCACCUUCCAAAUGUCCAAACUCGAUGAUUUCGUCGCGGAUUUAAAGAUUUGGCUCAGUGGUGCACUCACGUACGAACAAACUUGCUUGGAUGGUUUUGAAAAUACUACAGGUGAUGCUGGUGUCAGAAUGCAAGAGUUUCUGAAGUCAGCUCAGCAAAUGACAACCAAUGGCCUUGGCAUUGUUAAUGAAUUGUCUACCAUUCUGGGUUCACUUCAGCUUCCUGGAAUGAGUGGACGACGACUUUUGGAAGAUGAUGAUCGUGAAAUGCCAUCAUGGGUUAGCGACGGAAAGAGACGAUUGAUGCAGGCGGGAGCCGCUGCGAUGAAACCUGAUUUGGUUGUAGCUCAAGAUGGGAGUGGGAAAUACAAAACCAUAAAUGCAGCUUUAGCUGAUGUGCCUUUGAAGAGUAAUAAAACGUUUGUGAUUCAUGUGAAGGCUGGAAUUUACAAAGAAAUUGUUGUCAUCCCCAAACAUAUGACUCAUCUUACAAUGUACGGUGAUGGUCCAACCAAAACUGUCGUCACUGGUAGCUUAAACUUCAUCGAUGGCAUUCAAACAUUCAAGACUGCUACCUUCUCUGCAAUUGGAGCUAACUUCUACGCUAGAGAUAUGGGAUUCGAGAACACAGCUGGAGCAGCAAAGCACCAGGCCGUGGCCCUACGAGUCCAAUCCGAUAGAUCAAUCUUCUUCAACUGCCAAAUCGACGGAUACCAAGACACACUCUACGCACACGCUCAUCGUCAGUUCUAUAGAGAUUGCACAAUCAGUGGCACCAUCGACUUCGUCUUCGGAAACGCUGCUACAAAUUUCCAGAACUGCAAGCUAGUGGUGCGAAAGCCAUUGGAUAACCAACAAUGCAUCGUAACUGCUCACGGGCGUUUGAACAGAAAGGAACCAACGGCAUUGAUCUUCCAGAGCUGCCAUUUCAUGGGUGAUCCAGCUUACUUGCCAUUCAAGGCCAUCAACAAGGCUUAUUUGGGACGUCCAUGGAAGGAAUAUUCAAGAACCAUUAUAAUCGGAUCAACAAUAGACGAUAUAAUUCAGCCAGAAGGAUGGUUGCCAUGGAUGGGAGAUUUUGGAUUGAACACAUUGUUCUACGCGGAGGUACAAAACAAAGGAGCAGGGGCUGAUGAAAGUAAGAGAGUGAAGUGGAGAGGAAUUAAACAUAUUACGCCACAACAUGCUGCGGACUUCACUCCAAGACGAUUUAUUGAUGGCGAUGCAUGGAUUCCUGCCAAGGGAAUUCCUUACUCUUCUGGGAUGAUGUAAUGAACAAAAGGGUUUUAGUAAAACCAAACCGAACCGAACCCUUUUUUCUCUUUUUCUCUUUUUCUCUUUUUCUUUUGGCGUUCGUUUAAUGGAAAUCCUAUGGGAAAUAAUUUCACUUAUAUUACCUAUAUUUAUAUUAUGAUCUGAA